UACUGUUUUGUAAAAAAAUUACGGCAUUUAAUUACCGAAUAAAUACUUCUCACCGACAGAAAUGUUAAUUUAAACAGUAAUUUUGGGUCAUAUUCCUUUUCAAAAUGUGUGCACUUUAAUAAUAUUUCUGGCUGCAGUGUUAUAAAAAUUCAUCAUGUUGAGCAGGUUUUCCGAUGUUCUUCAAGCAACCGCAGACGUUCUGGCACCACCAGCAACGAGGUAUGAGGACUUUCAAUAUCACUGGAAGAUGAUAAUAAACUUCUAUCAAAACUAUGACGAUAGUAGUAAAGUUCAUAUCGAAGACACAAGAGUACCGCACCACUUACAUCAAAUGCUUCAGCUCAUUGUUGAUGAAGAAAAAGAAGAGCAGGAUGGAACAGUCGGUCCAUGCUUGGAGUCAGUGAUACAGAGGUCUAUACCCGUGUUGGACGCCCUAGCGGUGUUGGCCGUAGCUGACCGACCACCCGGGGCACGGGCCAUGGCUCUGACGUUAGCCACAGCGUUGUUGAGGCGAACGAAGCGACCAUGCAUCAAUAGUGCCCAUGUGUAUAGACCUAUUCAGAGAAUGUUAGUGCAGUGCAAUGAAAGCCCCGCUUCGCCAACUGAAAAAGAGGAAGUUGAACUACUUCUAACUUUAUGUGGCUUAGUCAGAAAGGAACCAGGGCUAGCCAACAUUUUCACAACACCAUUUGUAGAAGACAAACACACUUUACUCAGCAUACCAGAAGAUAUAAAAAAGCUUAUACCGAUAAAACGGAAAACGCACACGCCAAAGAAAAAUCCUUUAUUUGAAGUCGACAUGGCUCCAAUUCCAAUGAGAAAUGUUUCUAUUGUAAGAAACAAUAAGGACGAAAAUUGCACAUCAAAUGCAUCUGUGAUAAGUGGUCCAGAAGACAACGGAUCGUGUAAAAGUCAGAAGACCGUCUAUGAUGAUAAUGAUAAGUUUCUACUGAUUGAUCUCCUGCUGUCGUAUUUAAAUAGUGCUGACAACCAAGUGGUGCUCCGAGCGUGUGAGGGUAUAAUGAUAGUGUCCUCCCUCCCCGAGGAUGAUAUAGCCAACCUGGUGACCAGCUGCAGCCCGGCCUGCGAGGUGAUCGUGGACAAACUGCUAGCCAGAUACCGCAGUAUACCCGACGACCUGGACCCCAAUGAUGUGGACCAUCUGAAUAUUACUUGGGCGUAUGUGGCCCAGGAUUUCGGCGACAAGACGUACAACAGGUUCAACGGUUACCGGGAGCUGACCAGUUUCUUCUCGUGGCUCGACUACUGUGAUACAUUAAUGAAGGAAUGCCAUCCCACUAUAGCGUGUCACCUCGCGCGUAUGUUUCGCGCUCAAUUCCUAGAGGGCGCUGCAGAGGCGUUAUUAGCCACAGACUCGACUGAGUCGCUACUACCGGCCACUGAGUCGCUGCUACCGGCUGCAGAUCCGCGGGUAUCGGCCACAGAGACGCUGCUGCCGGCCACUGAGUCGCGACUAUCGGCGACAGAGUCUUUGCUGCCGACUGUCGCGCGAGUGUCGGCGAAACGGGCAGCACUCACAGCCGCCGUGUUGGCAAAGUGUUUGAGAGUCGUUGAUUCGCCUGAUCUUAUAAAUGAGUUCUCAAACUGGCUGGUCGGCGACGGGGAGGUAUGCGAGUGGCCGCUGCUACGCGCCCUCAUAGACAACUGUCUCACAACCAACCACGAUCUAACGUUGGAGACGCUGAGGUUUUUUGAGGCGGUUAUUGAGAAAGGCACGGAACACAGUAUGGAUAGACUCGUCCUGGCUCGUGUCAGUUCGCGAGGGUACUGCGCGGUCGGCCCCGCCCCCAGGGCGCCGAGCCCGUUGCAGGAGGAGCGAGAUAGACUCAACGACGUCUCGUAUGGGAGGGAGCGAGAGAGAAACAGGGAGGCGAUGCGGCAGCUGCAGCAUGAGGAGCACGUCAGUGAGCAGGUGGGAGACAUCCUGCACCACGAGGGCCUGGACCGCCAGGACUCCGGCGACAACAUACACAGGGUGAUAAACAGUUUCCUGCUGUUGCUGCCGCGCGCGAUACUGUCGGACCCGGUCGGCACUGACUAUGAGAACUAUAUACAUGACGCGCAAAAACAUUAUCAGUUUUGGCUAGACGUAACUUCAACUUACAACUGGCCUACCGAAGUAACAUACAUCGACAACACAGCGAGCUCAACACAUAGCUACGACAGCAGACCAGAAGCAGACCUACACAUGGACGACGUAUUCGAUAAUCGAAUAGAAAUCGAUUACUCCUUCGUCAACAGAUCGUCGCUAGGCGAAGACGAAUUCGACGAGGGACCGUUCUUCCGAAUGCUAUUCAAACUCCUUGGUAACAUGCCAGAUCAGCCGUACCAAGUCAAUUUGCACCUUACGUCCAUAAUAUCAAAGCUCGCUUUGCUUCCUCACCCGAAUCUGCACGAGUAUUUACUAAACCCGAAUCUACAAACGGCGAAAAAAACCCAAACUCUGUUCAAAGUGCUGCAGGAUGUGGCUAGAAGACUGACCAUGGAGAUACCGAGACUCAAAAACUAUAAAAAAGUCAUAGAGAAUACCAGACUUGAACUCAUGAGUGAAGACCCUAGUUAUGAUGAAAGGAACGACCACAACCAACUGGUAGAGAGUUUGAUAGUACUGGAAGAGUUCUGUAAGGAGCUUGCAGCUAUAGCAUUCGUAAAGUACCAACAUGUUAUGCAUAUGCAUAGAUAAGCUUUUGCCUGUUAUGAAAUAGUCAUAAAAAUUAACCAGUGUGACCAGGAAAAAAUAUUGAGGUAAUUUUUUUUUAUUGCAGCAACACUAUGAUAGUCUUUGUGGUAUUGCUACAAUAAAAAUAGAUUGAAUAAAUCCCAGUUUAAUCAA